CUCUCCAUCACCAGUUGAUUCCGCUUCCACCGGCCUGCCCCUCCGCUGCUGGCUACGCUGAUCAAUUCGGGCAACCAAGAUGAACUCGACCACCCUUCUCUCGCCGCCUCCCACCUCCUAUUGGGGCCAGUUCGAGGAGAUCUCGAAGUACAACACUCAUCUGAACGUCGCUGAACGACUAUGGGCGGCGUGGUACGCCUAUAUGCAGAAUGAUGUCCUUGCGACAGGCAUCAUGUCCUUCGUCAUGCACGAGGUCGUCUACUUCGGCCGAUCGCUACCUUGGAUCAUCAUCGACAGAAUAAAAUAUUUCAACCGCUGGAAGAUUCAGCACAACAAAAUCCCAACAAUCCAGGAACAAUGGAACUGUGCGAAAUUAGUCCUCCUCAGUCAUUUUACUGUCGAGUUGCCUCAGAUUUGGCUCUUCCACCCGAUGGCUCAAUAUUUCGGUCUUGCAACCGGUGUUCCGUUUCCCUCGAUCUGGAAGAUGAUGUAUCAGAUUGCUAUAUUCUUUGUGCUCGAAGAUACAUGGCAUUAUUUCUCUCACCGUGCCUUCCACUGGGGUCCACUCUACAAAUCCGUGCACAAGAUCCAUCACCAGUACUCUGCCCCAUUCGGACUUGCCGCUGAAUACGCUUCUCCUAUCGAAGUCAUGGCUCUCGGAUUUGGCACUGUCGGAUGCCCGAUCUUGUGGUGUGCAUUCACCGGCGACCUCCACAUCCUAACUAUGUACAUCUGGAUCGUCCUUCGAUUGUUCCAAGCCAUUGACGCGCACAGCGGUUACGAGUUCCCAUGGAGCUUGCAUCACUUCCUCCCUUUCUGGGCGGGCGCUGACCAUCAUGACCUUCAUCACGAAAAGUUCGUCGGAAACUACUCCAGCAGCUUCAGAUGGUGGGACUACCUCCUUGAUACCGAAUAUAGCCCCGAAGCUGUCCAGCGCCGGAGAGAGAAGUCAAAGGUCGCGAAAAAGACCGAGUGAAAAACUGAGAAUAAACCCCGAAUGAACCACGCUUUCGCUUCAAUUUCGGCAAUGGAGAGUGUUUCUAAUCGAUGCAGAUUCUACCAUUACCACGUUUCGACUAACAAACCUUUUAAUGUUUGGGUGCUAGGCGGAGUUUGCCGUUUACUAUCGUUUUUCCUUGAUUCUUUUUCCGUCGUGCUCCCUUUUCGCGAUAACGGCUCUUUUAUACGUUCAUAAUGAUUCCACCUUGUCUUGUACUUUUCUAAAACCUUUGCUCGGGGCGGCUAGUCAUGGUUUUCCAGGGGAUGUUGUUUUCCAGAACCUUACGUUGUAGCAAGCUACCUUGUUUCUUAGCUUUGCCCUGUUACCUAUGAUGUAGAUAGAUAUUCCGUAUACUUAAUAAUAACUACAUGAUG